UCCUUGUUUACUUAAUAAGUAAUGAUUAGAUUGGGGGGGAUUCUGCUCGAAUGACUCAGUAAUUUGCAAGUGAGCACGGCUGAAUCCGAUAUAAGGAGCAGUCAGGCUGACACUCAUUCACCAAGAAAACAAAGAGAUAAUGAAUGCCCGGUGUGCCUUUGCUUUCCUCUGGUUGGCAUAUUUCUGCCAUUGCACUUUGUCCUGCCCGGCUCUUUGCAAAUGCUACUCCAGAAGAGCUGAGGUGGUCUGUAACGAGGUUCCCCUGACAGAGUACCCCUCAGAGGGUCUCCCAAAGAACACCACUAUGCUGACAAUCCAGUUCACGAACAUCACCUCCAUCUCUGAGCAGCAUCUAAGCGCUACACCCCUGCUGAAAGAGCUCCACCUGUACGGCAACCACCUGCAGCACCUUUCCUCUAAUCUUCUCAGAGGUGUUCCUCACCUCAACACUUUGGAUUUAACAGGAAACAAACUGACCGACCUGCCUGCAGAUGUCUUCAGCCACGCCCCACUACACAGCUUGGUGCUGAAGAAUAAUCUGAUUGAAAAAGCGGAAUCAGAGUGGCUUCCUGAUAACAGCAACCUCACCUGGUUAGACAUGUCUGGAAAUCAUUUAAGAAAGAUCCCAAAAGAUUUGCUGCAAAAGCUGCCACACAUUGAGAAUCUUGACCUUUCCAACAACCGUCUGGAGGCGAUCUCUGCAGAUUCUCUGGACAUGCUGACCAAACUUGAGAGGCUAAACCUGCAGAACAACAAGCUAGAAAUCCUGGAUGCAUCUCUACUUCAGAACACCCGCAACCUCACCUAUCUGUUCCUCUCUCAGAACAAGCUCAACAAAAUCCCUGAAAACCUUUUUCAGGAGCUCACUCAGCUCAAAAUCCUAAGUCUGGAUGAGAACCAGCUGAGCCACAUCCCUCCAGGUUUGCUGGAUCAGCUGAACUCCCUGGAUGAGGAGGGUCUCGACCUGUCUUCCAACCCUUGGUUGUGUGAUGGAAAGGUGGAAUACCUCUGGAGGUGGAUUCAGAAGAACAAGAAGAAGCUUUUCCUGCCUGAGAUCAUCAGAUGUGUUGGACCUCAGUCUCUGUCUGGGCGCUCAGUAAUGUCACUGACUGAAAGUGAACUAAACCUUCAGUCUUAACAUUUUCCAUCUUCAUUGUGUAGUGUGGUAAUGUACCUAAAUCAGUCUGUCACACAUUUCAAUCAAUGAAACAUUUUAUUAGUGUAAAUUGAGUUUAUAAUUAAAUGUGAAGUGAGAGAA